CUUCUCCAAACCCCGGAGCACCUAGCAAGGUAAACGGCUCCAGCAACACUGGAACUUAGGUCAUCACAGUGUUAUUAUAUUAUUUUCAAUUCAGUGCCGUUUACCACCUUUUGAAACUGGAUUCUGUCAUAUUUGUUCGCAUCAAUUAACAGAAGUAGUCUUCAUAAGGUAACAAAAUGUCUGCUUUCGUUGGCAGUUUCAUUCAUCAACAAAAUCACGGCGAGGAUGACUGACACGGAGAUAGAGGGUCCGGGGAGACACAGGAACGGUGAUGUGCUCGCAGAAUCGGCGACAAAAAGAGAUGAUGUGUUUGAUGAAACAUACAAAGAGAAAGAAGGUCCUAAACCUUCAAUGAUGAUCGUGUGGAGAAAUGUCAUAUUGAUGACUUUAUUGCACAUUGGAGCCGUGUACGGCAUCACCCUCGUCCCAUCUGCUCAUGUUUUGACCUGGGCUUGGUUUGUGUUUUGCUUUUUAACAAGUGCUUUAGGAGUGACCGCGGGGGCUCACCGGCUAUGGAGCCACAGGUCCUACAAGGCCUCGUUACCUCUCAGAAUCUUCCUAGCCACUGCCAACUCCAUGGCCUUUCAGAAUGAUAUCUUUGAAUGGGCUCGGGACCACAGAGUUCACCACAAGUUUUCAGAGACCGAUGCCGACCCGCACAACGCCGUCCGAGGGUUCUUCUUCUCCCACAUCGGUUGGCUCCUGGUGCGUAAACACCCAGACGUCAUUGAGAAGGGGAAGAAGCUGGAGCUCAGUGACUUGAAGGCUGACAAGGUCGUCAUGUUCCAGAGGAAGUAUUACAAGAUGUCAGUGGUGCUGAUGUGCUUCUCCAUCCCCAUGUUUGUUCCUUGGUGCCUGUGGGGAGAGAGCCUGUGGCUGGGCUACUUCGUGCCGGGUCUGCUGAGGUACACCCUGGUACUGAACGCUACCUGGCUGGUCAACAGUGCUGCCCACAUGUGGGGAAACCGGCCCUACGACACCAACAUCAACCCCAGAGAGAACAAGUUUGUCACCCUUAGUGCCAUAGGUGAGGGGUUCCAUAACUAUCACCACACCUUCCCAUAUGAUUAUGCAUCAAGUGAGUUUGGCUGCAAACUGAACCUGACCACCUGUUUCAUCGACUUGAUGUGUUUCCUCGGCCUGGCAAAGGACCGCAAGAGAGUGUCCACUGAAAUAGUGCUGGCCCGGGCUCAGCGCACUGGGGACGGAGGCACCCGGAACCGGAGUGGCUAGGAGGUUGUCCCCAAUCUCAAAAAAGCUCCAAAACAAAACCAAUGUAAAAAUGUUAAAAAACAUAUAUAUAAAACCGACAAAAAUGUAGUUUGCAGUGUAAUGUUGAGAGAUGCUUCUCUAUCUUGUAGCUACAGUCACAGCUUCACUCUUCUCCUUUGUGAGCUUUUUACGGAUUUCUUAAAGAUUCAUGUUAGCUUUUAAAAUAGGGACUUUAAUCACCUCUUGUUGUGCUGUUUCAUUUCUUCUUCUGCUGCAGCAAAUAGUCUGUUGUGUGAAAUGGUACAAAUCUGUCUGUUGCCAAAGCUGGUAUGCUGCCAUUGGUCGAGCCUCCCUCAGUAGGCUGGAGGAGGUGUUCAUGAGCUGUGAAUGCUUCUUCUGCUGCAAUGUUACAUUGAUGUUGCCUAGGCAAUCAAUCCAGAGUUUCUCCUUAAUACUGCUGUCAAGUAUUAAAGGAGAGAUUUGAAAAAUAAGAAAGCUUUUAAAAAAAGAAGAAAAAAAAACAUUUUAAACUUGUUUGUUGUGACACCUGUUAAAUCUCCCAUCUUGAAGUGAAGCUGUCAGUUGUGUCCAUAGCUUUCAUGUAAUGUGGGUCGUGCAACCAACACAGAUACUUUUCUAUUCUCAAAAGUAACUGUCCAGUGAAAGUCUCACUUUUAAAAGGUCGUAUUCUGUUUACUCAAACCCAAAGAAUGUUGCGGACUCGUCCUAUACUUGUAUUUGUGGCCAAAAGCAUAAAUUGGGAGGAAGAAAGAAAUAAAUAAAAAACACUUCAAAAACUCCAAUUCAAAGUUAUAUCUCAAACAGACGGUUUGCUAUUUCCUCAUAGAGUAUGAAGUGCUGGCCAAUCAGCGGUUUACUCACAUGAAUAUUUCUAAUGACCGGUAGAUAUGCCCACACCAUUCCAACACAGAAAAGCUGCUUCAUUUUUUAAAGAUUUGAAGGAAAACUAUUUCAUAUUUAAUAAAAAUCUGGAAGUUA